AGGAUAGCGUCAGGCACGUGGGACGUUCCGUUGCCGUUCAUUUGAAGUUUGCGGAAACAUGGCGGGCCUGGAGCUGCUGUCUGACCAGGGUUACCGCUUAGAUGGAAGAAAAGCCACCGAGCUUCGGAAGGUUCAGGCCCGCAUGGGAGUGUUCGCUCAGGCGGACGGCUCCGCGUACUUAGAGCAGGGAAACACCAAAGCUCUGGCGGUGGUGUACGGGCCUCACGAGGUCCGAGGUUCGCGCAGCCGGAUUCGCCAUGAUCGAGCUGUUAUCAACUGUCAGUACAGCAUGGCUACCUUCAGCACAGCGGACAGAAAGAGGAGACCACACGGGGACCGCAAGUCGACUGAGAUGAGCCUUCACCUCAAGCAGACGUUUGAAGCUGCUGUGAUGACCCAGCUCUACCCGCGCUCUCAAAUAGACAUCUAUGUCAAGAUUCUGCAGUCAGACGGAGGGAACUACAGCGUGUGUGUGAACGCUGCCACUCUGGCGGUGAUUGACGCCGGCAUCCCCAUGAGGGACUAUGUGUGUGCCUGCACGGUCGGGUUUGUGGAUGAGACGCCUCUCGCUGACCUUAACUACGCAGAGGAGAGCGGAGGAGUGAGCUCCCUGGCCUUAGCGCUGCUGCCCCGGGGCGGACAGAUCGCUCUGCUGCAGAUGGACGCCAGAUUACACCAGGAUCACUUAGAGUCUCUUAUCGAAGCUGCCAUGACGGCUUGUAAAGGUGUGAGCAAGGUGCUGGAUCAGGUGGUGCGGCAACAUCUCCAAGAAGUUUCUGUGCUCUCCAGAGAAUGAUGGAGGGAGGAGGAGUGAAUGAAAUGUUAUUGGACUUAAUGGAGAGGAAUGAUGGAAUAAUCUUGGAGUGAAUGUUUUUUUAUGUGUUCAUGACAAUUAUACUUUUGUACAGUAUAUGUGUGGUGAAGCUAACAAUAAAUAUGUCAACCCUG